AUGGCCGCGUCUGUGCAAAAACUACCUUCUCUCGACCUGGCUCGAGGUCCAGAUGGCUCUCCUCCCGAACUUAGAGAGGCCGACUACUUAACCCAGGUUCUCCAGCUCUCGCCCGAGACAACCGACGCUUACUUCAACGAGCUGAUCAUGAAGGCCACCCAUCUGGGUAUUGCUAUCUCCCGGCCUUCAAGUGCUACCUCCGCAGACAACAAACGAAACCUCUCAGGCGCUGAAUCGAGCAUCACUAUAGACACAAACCAUGCACGCAGUACGUCUACGGGAUCUCAGGGCUCUGCAAGCACAAACCUAACGUCCCACUCUUCGAAUAACGGCCAUUCCGAGCUCGCGGGUCGGAUGAUUACGAGGAAGCGAUCCAGAGCUCUCACCUUUGGUCAAUACGAGACUUAUCUCGCCCAGGUAGACCCGACUCUAAAGCAAAACAGGUUUUUGUCGCCAUCAUCGACAGAGACCGAAUCGGCCCCGAGCAUUUUUAGUGUCGGCACCAACAUAAGUUACGUUAGUUUAAAGAGGGGCCUCUCCAAGUUACGGCGCAGACGGAAGAACCUUUCCUAUCCCGGAGAGAUGGUCAUGUCAUGCAGUGCGUGCCGAGAGGAUCUUCAACCCGAUCAAACCCUCCAAAGGUUGCCAUGCGGGCACAGUUAUUGUCCAAGAUGCUUGAAGAUUAUGAUCAACCAAGCAGCAACUGAGGAAUCCAAAAUGCCACCGCGCUGCUGUGCCCAGCCCAUACCGAGUUCCAUUAUUAAAUCCGUGCUACCCCGGGAAGAGCAGAUGAAAUUCCUCAAGGCCGUUGUGCAGUUUAGCACUCCCUGGGAAGCACGGGUAUUCUGUUCUAAUCCAGCUUGCGGCGAAUUCAUACCGCCACGGGCCAAAAUUGACCCUAAAUAUCCAUUCCAGGCCAUCUGCCGCAAGUGUAAAACGCGUGUGUGCGCCAUGUGUAAGAGAGACGCUCACCCUCCAGAUCAAGAUUGCCCAGACGAUUGGGAGCUUAAGGCUGUAUUGAAGAUGGGCGAGAAGUCAGGCUGGAGAAGAUGCUACAAGUGCCGGACCCUUGUUGAGCUUUCGCAAGGAUGUACGCAUAUGACAUGUCGCUGUCGGGCGCAAUUUUGUUAUAUUUGCGGCGCCGUCUGGGAUCCAAUGGUUGGGUGUCCGAAUGUCUGCAAUGGUGAGGCCGAGAUGGAGCGUCGACGCCACGAGGAAGAGGAGAGGCUGGCAGAACUCGCAAAAGAAGAAGCAGCCAAAGAGGAGGCCGCCGAAAGGGAAAAGGCCGAUAGACUCGAGGCAGAAGGACGUACUCGAGGUUGCGAAGAGUUUAAAGUGUUGCGAGCGGAGCAAGUAAAAGAGAUGGUGCGGUUCCAGACAUUCGAAAGGAAGUCGAAGUGGCUUAUGUGGACAAGACACGCGCAUCAAAAGCUCGCCCUUGUAGAGAAACAGUCGACAGCAAUAGAACGGAUGAAGGAGCGGCACGCAAAAACGUCAGCCAAUCUCGAAGACCGCCAAGUUGCUGCAGAGAUGGAACUGCGGUCAACGUUGGAACAGAGCGAGAGGAAUGUGCGAAUCCGACUCAAGCAUAUGGAAGCGUACUGUGAUGGCCUUGGGAAGAAGCCAGAUGCAGGUGUACCCUCUAGAGUCGUGACGGAGCGAGAUCUGCGAGAGCUUGGGCAGCAGUACAAUGUCGAAAAAAACAUGAGGCAACUCCACCAAGCUAAAAUCAACGUGAUGCGAGAUCGACAGGCCAAGGCUCUUGAAGAGUUGCUCGAAAGACAAGAAUCCGAGAUGGAAAAACUGAUGGAGAAGAAUAGGAAGGAAAUUGAGAGUCUUGAAUCGGAUUUCGCGGAUGAAGAAGACGCUCUAACGACGACUUUUGUUCGGCGUAAAUCGACGCUGGAAAAUAGAUGGGAACUUGAGAUGGAAGUGAUGCGCAGAGAGUUGGAGAAAGAGAGAGGUCUGAAAUAUGCUUCAAUGAAGCCCCUGGAAUGGCCGGAUGAAGAAGAAUCUCUAGAAGACGGCCUCCCAGUUGUGGAAGAAUAA